AUGGCGGUUGAUCAACAACAACUGUUCGCAGACCUGUGGAUUUACAAGACACCUGCAGCUGCUGUUACUGCUGCUGCUGCUGCUGCUGCUGCUGCUGCCGUCGGUUCACCCUAUCAAUCAAUUAAUGCUGUGGUUAUCGUCGCGAAGGAACUUCCGAACGCGCCAAUCAAUUAUUCCGAACGUAAACUAUGCACUGACGUCGUGUCGAUAUAUCGAAUAAACAAAAGCGACCCCGUACCCAGGACCGACAACCUAGACUUGUCCCUAUCGGUCGCCCACAACAUGCACAACAACAACAACAACAACAACCACUACACAAGCAUGGCCGAACACACUUUUCACACGCCGAGUUUUGGGGACGAAGGUUUCGACAUCCCGUCGAUGGGCAAUCAAGGAAACAAUUCGACUACCUCGCCGAGUUGUAACAACGUGUCAAGCCCAUCUAACGGAUCGGCCGAUUCCAUAAUCACUUCGCACACGCAACCGCAACCGUCAUCGUUGGCGUAUCAACAUAGUCAACAGAUGAUGAAUCACCAUCACCCACAGGACACAGGCAUGCAGGGAAUGAACUCGCACAACUCACACCAUUCGCAUCAAUCGGCUUAUCAACAGCCACUGUACUUGACCGGCCACGAACACGGCCUGGGCCUGAACGUUAGUUCCAGUUACUCUCAACCAAGUUACACUCCGUUGAAUAACACGAAUACCACGAACGGUGCGCAGAACGGCAUGAUGUACCACCGACACCACCAAGCGUCUAAUCAACAACAACAGCACCACCAAGCGACUAAUCAACAACAGCAGCAACAGCAGCAGCAACAGCAACAGCAACAGCAACAACAACAGCAGCAGCAGCAGCAGCAGCAGCAGCAACAACAACAACAACAACAACAACAACAACAGCAGCAACACCAUCAUCAACAGCAACAGCACCCACCCACCCACAUGCCACAACCCACCCAUCUACCCGCCCACCACUACACCAACAUGGGACCACCAGCCACCAGUCCACUGACCCCUUCGUUGGACAUGCAUCGACACUCCAAUCCCACGCCAACGCCGGAAGGUAUAAACACUACUAGCGACGACAGCGACGACAGUACACCGCAUCAAACUAUGCUUGCAAUCAAGAGGGAAAGGUUAUCUCCAGAACCGUUGGAUGGUUGCGGGAUCAUGAAAAUGCAACAAAAGAAGCCGAAACCGACUAAAAAGAAAAAGAAAAGGGAUCCUAAUGAACCACAAAAGCCGGUAUCUGCAUACGCGCUCUUUUUCCGGGACACUCAAGCGGCAAUCAAAGGUAAAAAUCCUAAUGCUAGUUUCGGCGAAGUGUCCAAGAUCGUAGCGUCCAUGUGGGAUUCGUUGGACGCAGAUCACAAAAAUGUUUACAAGAAGAAAACGGAAGCUGCUAAGAAGGAUUACUUGAAGGCCCUGGCUGCAUACAGAGCGAGUCUCGUAUCGAAGGGAGGUGAACCGGACUCGAGCAUGUACGCUGGAGGGUACGUGGGCAGCUACGGCGGCGUGUACAACGGAUACUCACCGCCGGCGGGCCUACCAUCGCCACCCAUGUCCGUGCCGUCGCCGCACUCGCAAGUCCACGGCCAAGUCAAGAAGUCCGCUAUGAUGAUGGACAACCGGGUGCCGGUGAUGAACAGCCACCCGCAAAACCAUAACCAAUCGCAACAGACUGGUCUGAUCGGCAGCCACAACCAAGUCGCACCCGGACUGAACCAUUUGUCGCAGCAUCCUCAGGGCGGACUUCCCCCGUCGCCGCAACAGUCACAACCCCCAACGCCACCGGCCAACGUUUCAUCAUACUGGCCGUGGUGUUUCAACCCGACGCAAAACAGCCAUUAGCCGGUGUCCCGCCGACACCAGCUCAGUAGCAGUCGGUCGACGUGUGCAUACGAAACGAACGCGGCAACGACGACGUAUGUCUCGCACCGGAUGCCGGAUGGGACGACGAGUAUAAUCGAGGUUACGAGUGUCGGCACCAAUACUGCAAGAUUACGGUGAACGACUGGUGUUAGAGGUGCUUAAGAGGCCAUAGACCAAACGCCCAAAGUCGAUUAUCCUCCUCGUCCUCUUCCGGAAAAUAAGGAGACCUGAAGACCGCUACCUGUCCCAUGUACAUUAUACAAUUAUUAUUAUAUUAAUUAUAUUGUAUUAUAUUAUUAUUAUUAUUAUUAUUAUUAUUAUUAUUAUUAUUAUUACUGAUAUUGUAAUUAUUAUUACGUAUGUAAAUCCAUGUGACUACGAGUAUCUCAUAUUAUAAUGCUUGUGAAUAUUUAUAUUUAUAAGAAAAAAAUAAUAUGAUAAUUCAUAAUAUUAUAUUUAACGUACUACGAUAUGAUAUUAUUAUUAUUACAUACAUAAAUAUAAUAUACUGCAGUUUGUAUAUAUUUAUAUAUUUUUUUUCGUUGCAAUAAUAUCAUUGAAUCAUAAUGAAUGUAAAUAAGAAUGUCGUAUUUAAGCAAUAAAUUUGCUCCUGUAAAUGUAAGCAAUGUCUCCUGCGACAAUCCCAAUGCUGUUUUUGUGCACAUAAUAAAUAUAAACAUAAUAUUAUUAAUAUUGUUAAAAUGAACUACUAUUUUUUAACGUUUAAACCGUUUUCUUUUUUUUUUUUUUUAUGUUAAAAGCAUUAAGUUUUUUUUAUGUAAAUAAUAUUUACAAUUUUGUUUUGUAUUAUAUAUAUAAUAUAAUAUAUGACCUAAACCGUACAAUCGAUAUGGCGAAGUUCACGUUAGUCUUGUCUUAAAUAUUAUUAUUUACCAUAAAAUCCUUGGUAACUAGUACCACGGUACAUAAAGUAUUUAUGUCAAUCGGACACCUGUAAAUUGUCACGUGUUUAAGUUAUAAAGUGUUAUGAUACCUACUAAAGGACAUUUUAAAUUUAAAAAAAAUAAUAGCUAGGUACUCAUAUCAUUGUGAAAUUAUAUUAUUUUUUAUUCAAGUAUUAACAUUAUUGCCUAAUAUUUAUUUUUGUUUUAUUUUUAUUUUAUUAUUUAGCCAAAUUGAAAAUUUUAAAGUUGUUAUAAUACUGAAUAUUUUUUCUCUUUUGUUUAUUUUUUAAGUAGGUAUGAUUUUAUACUUUGUACAUAAAUGAUUAAGAACGCUCAUGUUAUCU